AUGACCAAAUUCCGAGUUCUCCUGGUCGGUAGCGGAGGCAUUGGCACCAUUGCCGCCCUGAAUCUCGAGACUGGCCAUCAAGCACAGGUAUCCUGCGUGUUGCGAUCGAAUUACAAGGCCGUGGUUGAAAAUGGGUUCACGAUCGACUCGUGCGACCACGGGAAAGUGUCGAAUUGGCGACCGACCGGGGUAUUACACGUCCUUGACAAGAGAAACGCAGUCCAGCUAAUUCGCGCAGUCUUGAAUGCAGUCCCUCAUCAUUCUUUUGACCGAUUCGAUUACAUCGUCUGCUGCACGAAGAACGUCCCCGACUCCUCGCCAACUCUGCCAGAUAUAAUUGCCUCCGCUGUGGCUCCCGGUCAUACCGUCAUCGUACUGAUCCAGAAUGGACUCAACAUCGAGCGUCCCUUUAUGGCCCGAUUCCCUGACAACGUUGUGCUCUCCGGGGUAAGUCGUACCGAUGCCCAUGAGAUUGCCCCGGGGGUGAUCCAGCACAAGCAGCCGGACGUGCUGAAUAUCGGGGCGUUUUCGAACCCUUCUCUUCCGACCGGUGACUCAGUGUCCGCAGCCAAGAAUUUCGUCCGGAUGUACUCUGCUGGUGGUAAGACGAGGUGCCGAUUUGACGAGGACGUUGCGCUCGAUCGAUGGCGAAAGCUUGUCUACAACGCUACCUUGAAUCCCAUCUGUGCUUUAACGGGACUGGAUACGGGGACUUUGCAGCUGGAACAGCGGAGUAUGGAGACAUUGGUCCGUCCGGCGAUGCGCGAGGUCAUUCAGGUUGCUGCUGCGCUUGGACAGCAGUUGCCGGAUGGUAUUAUCGAGACAACAAUCGCUAGUAAUCCGGUCGAACAGCGGAUUUCACCCAGUAUGCUGAUGGAUAUACGGAAGGGCAAUUUGAUCGAGCAUGAGAAUAUCCUGGGAGAAGUGGUUCGAGAGGCACAGGCUCAUAGCGUUGACACGCCAACGCUACACAUGCUGUAUAAUUUGUGCUGUGCGGUCCAAUUACGCACCAAACAGAGCAUGGGACUUAUUUCUAAGUAG